UAAAAAGAGCUAAAAGCUUUAAAGAACUUAAAAGUAUUAAUGAAAUUAUAUAUACUACUUUUAAGAAGAGUACUCAACAAAGAGGUUUUUUAGAAAAUGAUAAUGAGUAUUGGCAAUGUAUAAUUGAAGUUAAAGAAUUUCAAAUGUCUAGUCAAUUACAUGAUCUAUUUGCAACACUAUUGGUCUUUGAAAAUAUUAUAGAUAUACAACAACUAUGGAAUGAAAAUUUUAAUGCAAUGGCUGAAGACUUUAUGUACAAAGGAAUUCCUGAGGGACAAUAUCAAAUUCAAGCAGUUCUUCAAAGUUUAAAUAUAUUUUUACAAAGACAUGCAAGAACAGUAAUUGAUUAUGAUUUACCAGAAUUAAUUUUAGAAACAGAAAUUAAAAAUUUAUCAAAAAUACUUUUAGAAAAACUAUCUUAUUAUAUUGUUCCUAAGGAUUUUGCCAAGAUAAAGAAGAUGUAUUAUUUAUAG